AUGACUAUACAGUACGACCCCCAAGCUGAGUCCGAGCGCCCAGUUCGCUUGCCAGACGCUCCCAUCCAAGAGCUCGGCCCCGGCAUCAAGCUCCAGCCCCCCCUCAGCCGCCGCGGCCAUGGGCCAGGCGUCAUUGCUGUUCUUCCCUCGCGUCUGUCGCUGCGCCCUCAUGCCAAGUGCGGUCUCAAGACGCCCCUCGACCCCGAUCCCGUGCAGAAGUGGGCCGAGGAAGGCUUCGCUGUCGUUGGUGUCCAGCUCAGCGCCAACUCGGACAUCACCGAGACGCUCGCUGUCGCCAUCGCUGGCCUCGAAAGUUGCCCAGACGUAGACAACAAGGGCCGUUAUGCCGUGCUCGUGUACGACCCGUCCGCGGUCGAGUCCAUCGUGGCAUCCAUGCCCUCGCAACCGGCGCUUGUUGCGCUGAUCGUGCAUGGAUCGUCGCCCUCGUGGGCCCCUGUACCCGUCCUCGCCCACCUUCCCGGUGACGUUGAUGCGGAGCAGGAGUCCGAUUCCGCGGACAUGAAGAUCUGCAGCUACGGCAAUGCCGAGUCGUCCUACUUUGUUGUGCCUUCAGCUGGACCGAAGGCAUACUCGCCGACCGACGCGGCCAUUGCACACACUCGCUCUCUCGUCUUUCUCCGCGAACGCCUCGGAGGACCGUAUUUCGACCUCGAGCAGAUCUGGGAGGAGCACACCCACUACGAGUUUGUCGACCGCUCCGUCUCGAAAACGAUGGGCACCAUGGUGGCUGAGCCCUACGUCAACCACGUUCCUACGAUGACGGGCGGAGUUGGCCGUGAAGCGCUCUUCGAGUUCUAUCGCGACCACUUCAUCUUCAGUAACCCCGACAGUGCGGAGCUUACGACUGUGUCGCGCACAAUAGGCGCGGACCGCGUCGUGGACGAGUUCAUCUACAGCUGCACACACGACCGCAUGAUUGACUGGCUCCUCCCUGGCGUCCCGCCGAGUGGCAGCAAGUUGCGCAUUCCCAUGAUCGCCGUUGUCAACAUCCGCGGCGACCGUCUUUAUCACGAGCACAUCUGGUGGGACCAGGCCACCGCUCUGCAGCAGGCUGGCUUCCUCCCAACCUAUGUCCCGACUCCGCAGGGCAAGCUCCGUCUGCCAGUUGGGGGCAACGCCUCCGCCGACAUGCUGCUGGACGAGACGGCGCACGAGUCGAACGAGAUGUUUGGCCCCGACUGGGGCGUGCAGCCCUAG